AUUUGCUAGAUCAAGGUUAGUUGCGCUUACGUGCUGGCGGAAUGUUUCGGUACAUUGAUAAUGUGCAAAUACUCAGAAAUAAUUUUGCGUUAGUUUAUCAUAAUCCGAUCCGUUCAUAAGUGACCCUUAUCUAUCAUUCCGUUCGGGAAUACUUUCCAGUGAGUAACCUGCGGUUACGAUGUAGAAGGUUAAACCUCGAUACGACGAAGUGGUAAAUACACAAAUAAAAGACGUGAAAAUUAAAUCUAAGAUAGAUUUAUGUAUCGUAGAAAAUUGAUAAGAGAUUACGAUGAGUAACAGAGAAAAGUGCGAUCCGCGAUCGGAACAAUCUGGUAAAGCUAAAGAUGAAAGAGACAGAAGGCAGUCGGUGUCUUCUCAGAGCGACGAUUCUGCCGCGAAGAAAAAGAGACGCAACACGUGCAGCAAAGAUAAAAGAAAGAAAUCAAAACAUAGAAGCAGCUCGAGCAGUUCGAAUUCGUCGAGUGUUUCCAGCCACGAUGCUAAACACCAAAAUGACAGAGAUAAGAGAAACGACAAGUGGGAUAAAAGGUACGAAAACGGGUUCAGAUCUUACAGAAUGAAUGCAAGGGAGGGCAGAGGAUAUUACAAAGGACGCAGUGGAUUCAUGGAUAAUCGCAAGCGCAAUUUCGGUUACCGACCUUACAAACACUCUGGAUUUUAUGAUAGAAAUAGAAUGCACAACAAUUCACAGUAUAAUAGAUACAAUAAUGAAAGGAGGGGCAAUAGGUAUUCGAAUCAUAAUAGUAGAAGACCACCUUAUGAUAGAUCCAGAAGUAGAAGCAAUCAGAACCAUGAGUAUCAGAGGGAUGUAAAAGAGUCCAGUGAACAUUCGAGAGAAAGUGAUUCGAAGGAAAGGCAUUCUAAACAUUCUAACAACGAUCGAUUGGAAUCAAAAAAGGGUGAAGUGGAUGAAGCUUACUCGAAAGGCAAGGAAAAGAAAAAAGAUGAUGAUGCUCCAGAAAAGACUGAUCAUCCUACUCGUAAAAAGUCAAAGAGAAAAAGGUCUUUAUCAGCUUCAAGUUCCUCGAGUGUUAGCAGUACCAGUAGCGAGAGUAGUAGCAGUAGUUCCAGUAGUAGCAGUACCAGCAGUAGUUACAGCACUAGCAGCACUGAUACCUCUGAAGAUGAAAGAAAACGUAAGAAAGCAAAAAGGAAAGCUAAGAAACUGAAGAAAGCAAUGAAGAAACGAAGAAAGAAGAAAAGAAUGAAGAAGAAGCUAAAGAAGAAGCUAAAAAAAUCAUCUUCUAAGAAGAAAUCACGUAGUAGCGACAAGUCCAAAGAAAGUGUUUCUAAAGACAUUUUACAAGAUGUGUCAGAGAAGUCAAAGGCAAUGGCACCAAUGACAAAAGAAGAGUGGGAAAAGAAACAAAGCGUGAUACGCAGAGUUUACGAUGAAGAAACUGGAAGAUACAGAUUAAUUAAAGGCGAUGGAGAAGUCUUAGAAGAAAUAGUGAGUAGAGAACGUCAUAAAGAAAUAAAUAAACAAGCGACUAAAGGAGAUGGAGAUUACUUCCAGACACGCUUAAAAACCAAUGUUUUAUGAACUAUUUUUCUAUGUAUACUAAAGUAAUACCCGUACAUAAUAAUUACUUUAUUGUUAGUGUUACAGUCCUGUAUGACAAUAUGUUUUAUAAUGUCUCAGAGAAAAUACUUAUGUUGUACAUUAAUGAAACCAGUCUACAGUGUGAUUUUAAUUAUAUUACUUGCACAUAACACUUCAUUCAUAGUGUUGAUGACCAAAUAUUGAAAUAUAAUCAACAACAAAAACUGUU